GAUGUUGAUGGCAGCUUGGAUCCAGCUUUUGCCUGCAUUGCCGCUUUUCAGACACAAGACAGAAGGCCAGCUCUCCGUUCAGGGCCAACGAUGGGUUGCCAGAAAUGGACUGAUGGAUGGAGAUCAUGCUGGCAAAUACCUUCCUCCGGGUUGUGCCCCAGAAGUGCUCCAGCAGCUCACAGACAGCAGGCUGCGGGCUCCUGUGAUCAAAGGCCACAGAUCCUUGUGGGGCAGGUCCACUGGCCUCCAGCCGGCGCCGCACAGUUUAAGGAACUCCCCGCCCCGCGCGGCGCCCCGCCCACCGCCCCGCGAGGUCACCGAGGCAGUGGUCCUCCCAGCACCCAGAACGUCCCGGAAGUGCGCGCGGCCGGGCGGGGCGGGACGCGGGUGCACUUCCGGCCGGCGCCCGGGCGGCUACCUCCCGCUCGGAAGGUCCCCAGUGUGCACUCCUUCAGCGGGCCUUGGGGGAAGAUGGCGGCCCUGGGGGACGGUCAGGAGCCCCCUCAUGUCCUGUCCCCGGUCAGUUUCGAGUCACCCGGGACACCUGGAGCCCACCACCAUGAAGCCCAACUUCACCUCCACCUCCACGGUCAUCAACAUGGCUUCCCCAGCAGCAGCCCUGAGGUGCCCUCCCAGCCCCCACAGGAGCAGGAGCUGUCAGACCUGGACUUCCAGGAGGUGGCAGAGGUCCAGAUCUGCAGAGACACCUGCUGGUCAGGUUCUGAGUCGGAGCCGGAGCAGGCCCCGUCGUCUCCCCGCCAGCACAAUCCUGAAGACGAGGUGCACCAGGCCGAGGGCGUGCUAAGGACCCUGCUGAGGAGCCUUCCCCACAGACCCAGUGGUGGGGACCACUUUGGGCAGGAGCCCAGCCUGGAGCAGCCAGCAGGCCAGCCACCGAGGGCCGGGCCCCGUUCCCAGAAGAGAGGCACCUGGAUCGGGUCGCAGGGGGCCUCCGAGACAGAGAGCAGCCCGGGGCGCACAGCCGAGCUGGCGGGUGGCUUGAGCCGGGGCUCAGGCCUCGGGACCCAGCAGGGUGGCCCGCGGGGCGGGAAGCCACACAGGUGCGAGGCCUGCGGCAAGAGCUUCAAGUACAACUCGCUCCUGAUGAAGCACCAGCGCAUCCACACGGGCGAGAAGCCCUACGCCUGCCACGAGUGCGGCAAGCGCUUCCGUGGCUGGUCGGGCUUCAUCCAACACCACCGCAUCCACACCGGCGAAAAGCCCUACGAGUGCGGCCAAUGUGGCCGCGCCUUCAGCCACAGCUCGCACUUCACGCAGCACCUGCGCAUCCACAAUGGGGAGAAGCCAUAUGAGUGCGGCGAAUGCAGCCAGGCCUUCAGCCAGAGCUCCAACCUGGUGCGGCACCAGCGGCUGCACACGGGCGAGAAGCCGUACGCCUGCAGCCAGUGCGGCAAGGCCUUCAUCUGGAGCUCGGUGCUCAUCGAGCACCAGCGCAUCCACACGGGUGAGAAGCCCUACGAGUGCCCCGACUGUGGCAAGGCCUUCCGCGGCCGCUCGCACUUCUUCCGGCACCUGCGGACCCACACCGGUGAGAAGCCCUUCGCCUGCGGCACCUGCGGCAAGGCCUUUGGCCAGAGUUCCCAGCUCAUCCAGCACCAGAGGGUCCACUACCGGGAGUAGCGAGCACUGGGAACACGCGGCAGCAGCCUGGGGUCGAGGCGGCAUUCCCGCGAACGGCUCUUGCCUGCACACCCUCCUGGUUGGCACAGCUGGCAUCACAUGCCCUGUCCCAAAUAAAUUCUUUGUACUUGAUGGAAACGA